AUGUAAUUUGCAUCUAAAUACUUUUUCAAAAAAUCUUCUAAAUAAGAUACUUUUCUUAAAUCCAACAUCUAAAAAGAAGAAGAAAAUCAACUAGACACCAAUGUUGUUCAAAUAACCUUUGAGAACACCAAAGAAUCUGAAAAAAAUAUAGUUCUCGGAGACCCUAUAUAUUGCUAAUAAUGCUAAUCCAUCCUAAAUAAAUAUUCUAAACUCGAAAAAACUAUUUAAGAAAAUCUCCAAAAAUGGAUUUGCGAAUUUUGUUCUCAUCAAAAUUUAAUAAAAAUUGAACAAGAAGAAAUCCCUUGUCAAGAAGAAACUAUAUAUUUAUUAUAAGGUCCUCUUGAAUAAAAUAAAGAUUAAAAAAACGAAGACAUAUCAGUCGUUUUUGUAAUUGAUAUAAGUGGUAGUAUGUCCGUAACUUGUAAAAUAGAAAAUAAAGAAGCCUUAAAAUAUAAACACAAUACAAAGGUUUGUAAUGAAGAAUUCGAAGCUUUGAAAUAAUUUAUGGAUCCUGAAGAUGUUUAACAAUAUAUAUAAAUGUAUAACUAAUCUUAAUAAUUUAUUAGUAGAAAAUAAUGCGUAGUAGCCGCUAUAUAAUAAUAAUUGGAUGAUAUUUCUGAACAGUUUCCUAAUAGGAAAAUUGGUUUAAUUGUUUUUAAUGAUGAUGUCACUAUUUUUGGAAGUGGAGAUAAAAACAUACCUCCUUUAGUUAUUACAGGAGAUAAAUUGUAGUAAGAAGAAAUUAUAUAUUAAAUUUGUAAGGAAAAUAGUGAGAAGAUGUUAAAUUUGAAAGCUUAGGAUUGCAAGGAAAACCUAAUUAAUGUUUUUUAGAAUUUAAAAGAAACUGGAAGAACUGCGCUUGGUCCUGCUCUAAUUUCGGCUUUAGGUUUACUUUCUAAAUAAAAUAAGGGGAGCUUAAUUAUUUUAUGUACUGAUGGGUUAGCUAAUAUAGGAGUCGGGGCUUUUGAUUAAUAAUAACAUUCUUAAGUUUUUUAUGAAAAUAUUAAAUAGAUUGCAGUAGAAAAUGAUACCGUUAUUAACGUUAUUUCUAUUAAAGGAGAAGGGUGUAAAUUAGAUAUUUUGGGAUAAUUAGCGGAUAAAACAGGGGGAAAUGUGACUAGAGUAGACCCUGAGAAUAUACAUAAGGAUUUUGCAAAUAUUUUAGAGGAUGAGGUAGUUGCUUUUAAGGCUUCUAUGAAAAUUUAUAUCAAGAAUAUAAUGAAAUUUAGAAACUUGGAUGAAUAGAAUGAUAUUUUAGAAAGAAAUGGGUCAGUGUGUAUAAAAUAAAUGGGUAAUGUUACUCUUAAAACAGUUUAAACUUUCGAGUAUAUGAGUAAAUCUGAUGAGGAGUUAUAAUAGGAAAAACUUUAGAUUAAUGAGAAGGAAAAAAAGUACCUUUUUAGGCUUAAAUCAAAUAUAAGAAUUAAAAUGGAUAAACUAUUAUGAGAAUUAUUAGUAAGUAAUAAGAGAUUACAGAAAAUAAAAAAGUUGCAGAAGAAUAAAUGGAUUUAUAAAUCGUUUAAUAAAGAAUUUAAGCACAUACGGCCACUUUAGUUUAUAAUAAAAAAUAUUAAGAUGCUCAAUAUUUCAAUAAAUAAUGGGCAAAAUAUCAUUUGAGUAAUAAUUAUAUUUCAGAAGAAGAAUAAUAGAACUUUUAAUUGAAAAAUGUUUAAUUAUAAACUAUUGCUUAGAAAAAAAAAUGAGAGAGAUAAUAAAUAUAAAAAAGAGUGAAAAAUUAGG